AUGUCACAACAAGGCACAAACGCGUAUAUGGUUGCCAACUUGUUGGAGAAGAUGAGCAAUCAAGACAGAGAUUUCCGUUACAUGGCUCUCAAUGAUUUGAUGAACGAGCUUCAAAAGGAAUCAUUCCAUAUGGAGGCCAUGAUUGAAGGAAAGGUCGUUAAAGCGGUACUGUUACUCAUGGAUGAUAAGAAUGGCGAAGUACAAAACUUGGCCGUCAAAUGCUUAGGGCCAUUGGUGAAGCAAAUCAAAGAAGAGAAUCUGUUGCAUAUCAUUGAUCGUUUGAGUGAGUACGCAUCUCAGCAAAAGAACGAGGAAUUGCGUGGCAUCGCCAGUGUUGGCUUAAAGACUGUAGUGAGCGAAGUGGACUCUAUUCGAGGCAACCAAGUGUGCACUCGCAUUUUCCCCAAGCUGUUGACUACCAUUCAAAAUACCGAUGCCUCCUUUGAAAUGCAAAUGGAUACAUUAGAAAUCUUGUCUGAACUGCUGGCUCGAUUUGGAGGCCAAAUUACCCUGGAGCAGCAGACCCAAAUCCAGUCUGUCUUGUUGCCGUUACUUUCUCAUAACCGUGCUGCUAUUCGCAAGAGAAUCACAGUGUCUAUCGGCUAUCUAGUUGUGCAUACAAACGAUGAAUUGUUCAAUCAAUUGUUCACUUUUAUCAUGGAUGGCUUAAACAACAAUGCCAAUUCAAGUGAGAAACUGAGGACUUUGGUGCAAUGUGCUGGUGUAUUGAGUCGUUACAACACUGCUCGCUUAGGCAAGCACCUAGCUCAAGUCAUCCCCACCAUUGUCAACUACACCGCAAAAGCCGAAGAGGAUGAUGAAUUGCGUGAAAUCUGCCUUCAAACAUUGGAAUCAUUUGUGCUUAGAUGUCCAAACGAAAUCUCAACCUUCAUCAACGAUAUCACAAGGCUCGCAUUAGAAUAUGUCAAGUAUGACCCCAACUUUGUCCAAGAUGAUGAUGAGGAGGACGAAGAAAUGGAGGAGGAAGAAGAGGACGAAGAGGACGAAUACGAUGACGAAGUUGCUGAUUACUCUGACGACGAUGAUGACAUGUCCUGGAAGGUGCGUCGCUCUGCUUCCAAAGUCUUGUGCGCCGUCAUUGAAAGCAGGUCAGAUUUAUUGCAACAAAUCUAUGAAGAUGUCGCUCCUGUGCUUAUCAGUCGCUUCAAGGAACGUGAAGAAUCUGUGCGUGUGGAUAUCUUGCAGACAUUCAUUGCACUCUUGAGACAAACAAGCGUGUAUGGCGGUGCUUCUUCAGGCGAUGAUCGUCCCCGCAGAGGCAGUGUUACCAGUUACGGUGAUCAAAUCGACCUCAUACCCGACAGCCCUGCCAAUGGCUCCAGCAGUGAUACCGCCAUGGACGCCAUAGAUGGCCCCAGACAACUCUUGAGAUUGCUCGUUCCCAAAAUCAGUCGUGCUCUGGUCAAACAGCUUUCUGCCAAAUCGACUCAAACUCGCCAAAUCGGCUUCCACUUGUUGCGUGAGCUCAUUGUGGUUCUCCACGGUGGAUUGGAUGACCAAAUCGAGCUCUUCUUCCCUGCUAUCGAGGCCUCUCUUUCCAAUGCGGCUUCUGAACAGCAGCAACACGCUUCUUCGUCCAACCUCAAGAUUGAAAUCCUCUACUUUUUGAGAUUGUUUUUCCACAACCGUCAUACCGAAAACUUGGGCACUAUGAUUGACCGUCUGGCUCCUGCUGUCAUCAAGUCUGUCUCUGAUCGCUUCUACAAGAUCACCUCUGAAGCCUUUUUGGUUUGCAUUGAAUUGAUCAAGAUCAUUCGUCCCAUCCAUCGCGAGCAAAACGGCCAGUACCAAAUUGCUGAUAUUGCCCCUGACAACGUCAAAUACAUCAACCAAAUCUACGAGGUCACCUUGAACGUUUUGAAUACCAGUGAUGCGGAUCAGGAAGUCAAGGAGAGAUCUAUCAUGUGUCUGGGCACUUUGCUGGCUCAAGUAGGUGACGUACUUCAAUCGCAACAAAGACAAGCUUGGGAUGUCCUGUUGGAGAGAUUGAGAAAUGAGGUCACUCGUUUGAUCAGUGUCAAGACUUUGAAUGUUGUUUCUCAAAGCCCCAUUGCUGCUGGCGAAGAGUUACAGCGUUGUGUUCUUGUUGCUGUGGAGGAUAUCUCCUUGUUGCUUAGAAAGAGCAACCGUCCUUUGAGAAUUGCUAGUUUGGAGUGCUUGAAUGUCUUGGUCAAUAGGUUUGGCCAGCAUGUCUCUGCCAAGAGCUACUCCACCUUGUUGCAUGAAUUGAAGCCAUUGAUCUCUGAUAGUGAUCUUCAUCUUCUUCCUCUCGCCUUAAAGACAGUGGAAUCCAUUUUGAGCCUCAGUCCUGCUUCUGUCAAUGAAGUCAAAUCCUUCAUCUUGCCUUCCUUGUUUCAAUUGAUGGAAUCUCCCUUGUUGCAAGGCUCUGCUUUGCAUGGCUUGUUGAGCAUGUUUGCUGCCUUUGCCAGGGCCAGCCCUGCUGAUUACCAAUCAUUGGUCCAUGGUCUCGUUGAUCCCUUGUUAUCUGCCAAGGCGUCUGCUGGUGUGUCUGCUGGCGGUGUCGCUGCUGUUGCCAACAAGCAAGCUGCUUCGACUGUGGCUCAAUGUGUAGCUGUGUUGGCUGCUAAUGCCAGUGACAGCAACCGUGAUACCACAAUCCGUGAAUUCCAAAACUACCUUAUCACUCCCAAUGUCAAUGACUCCGUCUUGUAUCUUGCACUCUUGACCAUUGGUGAGAUUGGCCGCAGAAUUGACCUGUCUGCCUAUGAUAAGGUGGACGAACUCGUCAUCAACAUGUUUGUCUCACAAUCUGAAGAAGUCAAAUUUGCUGCUGCAUUUGCUCUAGGCAAUAUCUGCGUGGGUAACAUUCACAAGUACCUGCCCUCCAUUGUCACACAGAUCAAAGAACAGCCCAAGAGACGCUACUUGUUGCUGCAUGCGCUCAAGGAAGUCAUUACCCGCUACGAUGAGGAUAGCGAAGGCAACUCGCUCAGUUCUGCCGCUGAUGAAAUAUGGGCUCUUUUAUUGGAAAGCAGUGAAUCAGAUCAAGAGGAGGGUACUCGUACUGUGGUUGCUGAAUGCUUGGGUAAAUUAGCCCUGACAGAUUCCCAAAAGUUCUUGCCUCAAUUGGAGGAUCGCUUGGCCUCUCCCUCUGCUUUUGUGAGAGCCACUGUUGCCACUGCCAUCAAAUACGCUGUUGUCGAUCCUUCUCCCGAAUACGACGACUUGCUGAAGCCCAUCAUGACCAAAUUCCUGUCUCUUUUGGAGGACACUGACCUGAAUGUGCGUCGUUUGGCCUUAUUGACUAUCAACUCUGCAGUGCACCGCAAACCCUACUUGAUUAGAAACGUGCUCGAUCAACUUAUUCCCUUGCUCUAUGCUGAAACCAUUGUUAAAGAAGAGCUCAUUCAUACUGUGGAGAUGGGCCCUUUCAAGCAUAAGGUUGAUGAUGGUCUCGAGAUUAGAAAGGCAGCUUAUGAGUGCAUGUACACACUCUUGAGCACUUGCCUAGACAAAAUCGAUGUCUAUGGAUUCCUUGAUCACAUUCGGGCUGGUUUGGAUGAUCAACAUGAUAUCAAGAUGCUCGCUUAUUUGAUGCUGAUUCGACUCAGUAAAGUGGCUCCCACUGCGGUAUCUCAACGCUUGGACGAUCUCAUUGAACCAUUCAAGGCGACAUUAGACUUCAAGAUGAGAAGCAAUGCUGUCAAGCAGGAGGUCGAGAAGAACCAAGAAUUGGUUCGCGCUGUGCUCCGUUGUAUUGUCGCUUUGAGUCCCUUGAGUGAUCCUAUUGUCUCUCCUCGAUUUGAACAGUUUGUUAUUGCUAUCAAGAAUGGUCCUUUUGCAGAGGAAAUCAAAUUGACCAUUAUUGAAACAGAGAGUCGAGAAAACAGAUUUGCUGAUUAUAUGGAUUUGUCGUAUUAG